UUGCAAGCGAUUGUUCACUUAUCUCAAUUGUUGAUUGAUUUUGGCGAUAUUCGUGGACUUAGUUGAGGAAUAGUAUAAAUAAAUGGUUGGUUACAUUUUCUCAUAAUUGGUCAGUUAAGCUUCUAGAAACAAAAUGGGUGCUCUGUACAUGUACAUUUCCAUAUUCACAGCUCAGUUGAGCUUCAUGGUCGCCUCCUUCGCUGUGACUUGGUCUUCCCCAAUGCUUGUAAAACUGAAUGGAACUGACGACAAUCCCUUGGGUUACGUGAUAUCAAAGACAGAAAACAGCUUCUUGGCUUCCACCAAUAUACUUGGGGCAGUGAUUGGUUCCGUUGGUUUCGGCCUUCUGGAUCACACGUUUGGAAGAAAGACCCUACUGCUUGUACUUGGUUUACCAUCCCUUAUAUUUUACUCAGUGAUGGCGUGGUGCAAGGUGAUGUGGUUGCUCAUGGUCAGUAGAUUCGUGAUCGGACUGAGUUUAGGGGGAAUUUUCACCAUCUUACCCAUGUACUGUGGAGAAGUAGCAGAUGCGAAGAAUCGUGGAAUUCUUAGUGCGUCUAUGACAGUGUUCGUUAAUAUUGGUAUGCUUGUUCCGUAUGCAGUAGGACCCUUCAUACCAUAUUUCUGGUUCCAUAUAGUUUUGGCAACGAUCUCUGGGAUCUACAUAGUUUUAUUUUACUUUUUUGCUCCAGAGAGUCCUUAUCACCUCAUCAAGACUGACGAAGAUGCUGCAAGGAAUGUAUUGCUAAAGCUUAGAAAUAAAGAGGACGUCCCACAGAUUAUAGAAGAAAUGAGGCUAAGUUUAAAACAAACAACAGACGUUUCCAUAAUGGAAAUACUCAGAAGUAGGGGACUGAGAAAAACCUUGAUUAUUGGUCUUGGUGGCUUCACAUUCUCUCAACUCACAGGAACAGUUAUAGUUGCUACAUAUAGCCAGACAAUCUUCGAGGAGUCCGGAACUGGUAUUUCAUCAGAUAUCUGUCCAAUCCUUGUUGCAGUCGCACAAUUGAUAAUGACAGUCUUUGUAUCGGCAAUAGUAGACAGAUACCCUAGAAAAUUCUUAUUAACCCUUUCGCAUCUCUUAGUUUCAUUAGUGCAAAUACCAUUUGGUGCAUACUUCUUCCUGAAAAAACACGAUUACGAUGUCGACAGCAUAAACUGGUUACCACUGGUAUGCUUAAUAGUCUACGUUUGUGUGUAUAACAUUGGGGUGGGACCAAUCCUUAUGACUUUCCUUGGAGAAUUAUUCCCACCCAAAGUAAAGGGACUAGCCAUCGCUUGUAUGACAAGCUAUAAUUGGACUGGUUCAUUCUUGUUGACAACCUUCUUCAACACCUUGAAUGAUGCAAUUGGUAUAGGAAUCCUCUUCUGGAUAUUUUCAGUUUCUGGAUUCCUCGCUACAAUAUUCAUCAAAUUCUUCAUGAUAGAAACGAAAGGAAAAACUUUGGAAGAAAUUCAGGAGGAAAUAAAUACGUAAUUGAAGAUGAAUCUCAAGCAUUUGAUGCAGUACUAUGAGGAGCAGUGAUACCGUCAGAGAUAUGAAUUCUCUGGGCGCCCAACAUGGGUUUGAUUCAUAACUGAAGAAAAUUGGAACUAGGCAAUGAGUGCUAAAAUAUGUGAAAGUGUACUACGAUUCGGAAAAUGUGUGGAUUGUGAAGGUUUUUGAGAAUUUCGCAUGAAAGAUUAAACUGUAUAUUAUUUGGAACGAUUAAGAAUAUAUCUAGCUUAUUUUUUAUCUUAAUUAUAAUUAAUAGGUAUAAAAAUCCCGAAAAGUGUUUGAAUUUUGACUUCUCUCCAUAUAUUUUAAGGUCAAUGAUAUACAAACAAUUCAGGAGUUUUUCAAGUUUAUACCUAAAACUUCCUUUUUUGUAUAGGGUAGUACUUGAUGAAUCAUGUGAAAUGAGAAUGAUAAUUAUGGAAAUAAAUGAUAUUAAAAUUGA